CGAGGGCAUUCAGUCGCGGGGACUCGCGUGUGCGUACGGUCCGCGAGCGCCAAGUCUUUUCAGCCGAGAAACACGCAGGCGAGGACGAGAACCAGUGAGUUUCGCCCGCGAACGGUGAUCGAGUUUGCUGCUGCUGCUGCGAGCGUGUGUGCGAAGAGGGCCCCGAGCGCUCGGGGAAGCGGCAGGGAGCGAUGCACGUCCACGGAAUGCUACGUUUCGUGACGUCCAUUGUUGCUAUAUCUGCAUUAGCGUCGGGGGACACAUGGCCGUUCAACUCGCCAACGCAGAACCGAACUGGCUUAUAUCGUCGCCCGGAAUAUGAAAACGAAUACGACAAUAGCUUAGAGUAUAGCGGUGGGGCACGUGGUGGCGGUUCGGGCUCCUCGUACCCUGUCGACAGUCAUUCCUCUGUAGAUCAGGAUAGAGAUGGGGCCAGAUAUGAUGACGAAUAUGGACGAUCAUCAGAUGAUGAUAGAAGAUAUGGAUCUACAUCACAGGGAGGAGGUUAUGCUUCAUCAGAUCGUAGCGGAGGAUAUGGAUCUGCUUCUCAGAGUGGGGGAUAUGGAUCUUCUUCGCAGGGUGCCGGAUAUGGAUCUUCUUCACAGGGUGCCGGAUAUGGAUCUUCUUACCAAGGUGCUGAACAUGGAUCAUCUCAACAAAGCGGAUAUUCCUCUUCCUACUACGGUGGAAGUCAAGGCGGAGGUCAAUAUGGUGGAUACGGUCAACAGAACCAGCGUGGAAAUUACCGACAUGACCGUGUGGGCCAUAUGCGCGGUGGUCAAUUCGCGGUAUAUAAUGUCACCCUACUUGGUGGUGGUAAUCAAUCGGAAAAGUGCAUGCCAAAAUGUUUAGCACAAAAAGGUUCACAGGGUCGUGAUGGCGCACCUGGUAUUGCUGGUGAGAAAGGUGCUCGCGGCUUUCCUGGCGGUGAAGGCAUAAUGGGACCCCAAGGUGAUAAAGGUGAUUCUGGCCCAUAUGGUCCGAGAGGUCCCAAAGGUGAACGUGGACGUACUGGUAUUCCUGGCUUUACUGGAAUUGCUGGUGUCCCGGGUCUGUCCGGUGCACCAGGCCCUGUUGGUAUGCCCGGCACUGACGGGUGUAACGGAACUGACGGUGCAGCCGGUAUACCUGGAGAACCUGGUCAUCCAGGUCCUCGCGGUCUGCCCGGGCCAAUGGGUACAAAAGGCUUAAAAGGCGAGGCAGCCCAUUGCGAAAUUACUUUAAAAGGUCAAAAAGGUGAGCCGGGACGCAGCGGAGUGCCAGGUUUAACAGGAUCACCAGGCCCAAUGGGACCGGGAGGUCCGUUGGGUGCUAAGGGCGAACGCGGAUUGCCUGGUCCUUAUGGUCCAAAAGGAGAUCGUGGUAGCAAAGGUAACAUGGGUAUCGGCUAUGAAGGGGCUAAAGGUGAUAAAGGUAACAAGGGGCAACGUGGUGAAAAGGGCAACUCUCCAAUUCAAACGAGUACUGGUGGUAGCGAACAACAUAUUGGCCCGAAGGGAGAACGUGGCAUGAAGGGUGAUCGCGGUUACCCUGGGGAGCCUGGCCCGAAAGGUGAACCUGGUUUUGAGGGACUGGCUGGCGGUCCUGGAAGCCAUGGUGGAAAGGGCGAAAAAGGUUUACCUGGAGCGCCUGGACCGAGAGGUCGCGAUGGAUUUUCUGGACCUCCUGGCCCAUCUGGACAAAAGGGUGAUAGAGGUUACGAUGGAAUUCCUGGAUUGCCUGGUCGACCUGGUCUUAAAGGCGAGCCUGGAUUAGAUGGACCCUCUGGUCCAACUGGUAUUCGCGGUCCGCCAGGUCCUCCUGGAGGUGGCACAGGUAGGCCGGGUCCACCUGGUCCGCAAGGUCCUCGUGGUUAUCCUGGUCCUGUUGGGCCUAAAGGCAUGGACGGAUUUGACGGUGCUCCUGGUGCGAGAGGGCCUGUUGGUCUUCCUGGCGGACCUGGUGUUCCUGGAGCCCCUGGACACGAAGGCUUACCAGGUGAUAAAGGACAAAAAGGUGAGGGUGGUCAAAUGGGUUUCCCAGGAUCAGCUGGUCCGCCUGGUUUUAUGGGACCCCAGGGUCCACAAGGUCCUAGAGGAAUACCAGGCGAAAAAGGUUUAUCGAUAAUGGGUCCACCAGGUAAUGAUGGUAUUCCCGGAAGGGACGGUGACAAGGGUCUGAAGGGCGAACGAGGUUAUCCUGGUGCGCGUGGUGUGCCAGGCGACGCUUUGGAAGGAAUUCCGGGUGCCCCCGGUGAAAGAGGAUUUCCUGGAGAGAAGGGAGUUGCUGGUAGGCCCGGUUAUAACGGCGCACCCGGUGCACAUGGACAAAAGGGCGAAAUUGGUGGAAGAUGCAAUCAUUGUUUGCCAGGAAUGAAAGGAGCGAAGGGUGAACGUGGCCAUGACGGCUUACCUGGUAUGCAAGGCACCAGAGGACCCACAGGUGCAAUGGGUUUUCCGGGUGAGCGUGGUUCCGACGGGAAUCCUGGAGCAGCUGGUUUGCCAGGCCCACCGGGUAUAGAUGGAAUACCGGGAACACCUGGAUCUGAUGGUCAACGCGGUGAAGAUUGUCUUAUAUCUGACAAUUUAAUAAAAGCACCCAAAGGUGAUAAAGGUGAACGCGGUUUCACUGGACCUGAAGGACCGAAAGGUGAACCAGGUUUUCCCGGAUUGACGGGACCUGUGGGACCUGCUGGAUUACACGGUCCUAAAGGUGAUGCAGGAGAGCCAGGAUUCCCAGGGCAAGAUGGUAAAGCAGGUGUACCUGGGCGCCCUGGUCAGAAAGGUGAAACUGGCUUGAGCAUAAAGGGUGAGCCUGGCAGACCUGGAUUAAACGGAUAUAAAGGUUCUAAAGGUGAAGCUGGACGCAAGGGAACUAAAGGUGAGGAUGGCCGUUGUUUGCAACAAUUUGUGGAAGGAUACAAGGGUGAUAGAGGAGCUACGGGUGAAAAAGGUGAACCAGGUCCAUCUGGAAAUCCCGGUUAUCCAGGCGAGAAGGGCGAUUUAGGUCCGCCAGGCGACAGGGGCUAUCCUGGUAGCAUUGGUCCAUCUGGCCCGACUGGUCCUAGAGGUUUACCUGGUCCAAGGGGUGAGAAAGGUGGAGCUGGUCAAAUGGGCUUCCCGGGUGAACCAGGACGAAACGGAGAGCGUGGCUUAGCUGGAUUGCCAGGUCGUCCUGGAGAAAAGGGCGAGCAAGGCAUUCCCGGAAUUGGUCCGCGUGGUCCUCCGGGUCCUAUGGGACAAAAAGGUGAACAAGGUUUAAAUGGUUUUCCUGGUAAGGCUGGACCGCAUGGUACUCCCGGCAUUCCAGGACCGAUUGGCGAAAAAGGCGACUCUGGUGCUCCUGGAUUAUCAGGAAGGCAAGGACCGAAGGGUGAUAAAGGUGAAGCUGGACCACUUGGUCCGGCAGGACAUGUAGGGGCACCUGGUAAACCCGGAAUUGAUGGAAUGCGUGGAGCACCAGGUUUGAGGGGUCCUGAGGGUCGCCCCGGUCUAUCUGGAUGGCCUGGAAUGAAGGGUGAGACGGGAAUUAUGGGUGCGCCGGGAUCAAAGGGUUAUCCGGGUCCUAAAGGUAAUGCCGGAAUGCCUGGUGCACCUGGUAUUCCCGGUAUGCCAGGUUUAAACGGAACAAAGGGAGAGAUGGGGCUACCUGGGCCAUAUGGAAUUAAGGGACAACCCGGUCCGCCAGGAUUUGUAGGAAUGCCCGGUGAAAAAGGUGAUAUUGGACCUGGUGGGCCACCGGGCCCCACGGGACCACGAGGUGCACCUGGUUUGAAGGGCGAUCGCGGCUUGGAUGGGUUGCCUGGUGCGCGAGGUGAUCCUGGUACUGCUGCAGAAAAAGGACAAAAGGGAGAACCCGGUUUUCCUGGUAUGCGAGGCGCAGAUGGAUUACCGGGUAGACACGGGAUUGUUGGACCUAAAGGUGAUGCUGGUGUUCCUGGUUUGUCAUUGGCAGGUAUAAAGGGCGAACGCGGCUUCCCAGGUUCUCCUGGGUUAGAUGGGCUACCAGGGCAACCUGGCCAAAAAGGAGAUAUAGGUUUGACAGGAUUACCUGGUCCCAAAGGCUCACUUGGACAUUCCGGUGCGCCUGGCUUCCCAGGAAUGGACGGUAAAGACGGAUUGCCUGGAUUAAAAGGAGACGUGGGCUUCCCUGGUGCACCGGGCUUUGCUGGCGAAAGUGGUGAAAAGGGUAAUCCUGGACUAAAUGGCUACGAUGGACCUAAAGGUGAACGAGGAUUUUCUGGACCUCCUGGGCCUGUUGGCUUGCCUGGCCCAACUGGUGAACGUGGUGAACGCGGUCCGCCUGGAGCUGUAAAGUCAUUUAAAGGCGACAAAGGUGAACCCGGCCCGAGUGGAUUUUACGGGCGUGAAGGUGAGAAAGGCAAUACGGGUUUGGUUGGUGUUAGUGGCCCACCUGGACCAAAAGGUGACUUUGGAUACCCAGGACCGAAAGGUAAUGCCGGCAUUCCUGGCGGACCAGGAGCACCUGGAGAUGCAGGUUUGCCGGGUGCACCAGGAGCACCUGGGUUUACUAUGAAAGGAGAGAAAGGUUUGCCUGGAUUAAAUGGAAAGAUGGGUCGACCUGGAAUUCCGGGAACACCAGGGGAUAAAGGUGACAAGGGUUUGGCAGGUUUAGCUGGCGCACCUGGUCAACCAGGUCGACCAGGGGGUGCAGGAGCACCAGGCGAAAAGGGCGAUGCUGGUCUGGUAGGACUUCCAGGCCGGAAAGGGGAACCCGGUUUUCCUGGCCGUAAUGGGAUGGACGGACCACCAGGAUUAAUGGGAGAUAAGGGUGAACGUGGCCCGCCUGGAGCAUUCGGUGUUCCCGGCCAAAAAGGUGAACGGGGCAUGACAGGCCUUCAAGGAGCUGCAGGUUUUCCGGGUGUUAAAGGCGAACGAGGUUUUGAUGGCCCUCCAGGACCAAUUGGACCUGCGGGUCCACCUGGUAUAAAAGGUAUGGCCGGUGAGCAUGGAUUACCAGGUCAGGUAGGAUACGUGGGUCCAAAAGGUGACAAAGGUGAGCCUGCACCACCAUCAUUACCAGGUGCAAAGGGCGAUCGGGGUUAUCCUGGUGACAAAGGCCGCGAUGGUUUACCGGGUAGUCCUGGUUUACCUGGGCCACCAGGCUUGGACGGACCUCAGGGCGAACGUGGAUUAGCUGGGCGCCCUGGUUUACCUGGUUUGGUUGGUAUAGCUGGUCAAAAAGGUGACACCGGUUACGUGGGCGAAGUAGGUUUGACCGGUUCACCUGGUUUUCCUGGACCUAAGGGUGAACCUGGUUUACCGUGUCAACAAACAUCAGAUUACGCUACGGGUACCGUGCUCGUAAAGCACAGCCAGGACAAGCAGGUGCCAACCUGCGAUGCAGGACAAACAAUGCUCUGGUCCGGGUAUUCUUUACUAUACAUCCAAGGCAACGAACGUGCACACACCCAAGAUUUAGGUGCUGCUGGUUCUUGUGUGCAAAAGUUCUCUACUAUGCCAUUCCUUUUCUGCGAUUACAACAACGUGUGCAAUUAUGCAAGCCGCAACGACAGGAGUUACUGGCUUUCGACCACAGCCGCAUUGCCAAUGAUGCCUGUUUCGAGUACCGCUAUCCAGGAGUACAUCUCCAGGUGUGUAGUGUGUGAGGUGCCAGCCAACGUGAUUGCCGUGCACAGCCAGGCCAAUUUCGUACCGGAUUGCCCUGCUGGUUGGAGCACACUCUGGAUAGGUUACAGUUUUAUCAUGCACACCGCUGGUGGGAAUGAAGGAGGUGGUCAGGCACUGUCAUCGCCUGGUUCUUGUUUAGAGGACUUCCGCACAGCGCCGUUUAUUGAAUGUAAUGGCGCCGCUGGUCACUGUCAGUACUACGCCAACAAAUUUAGUUUCUGGUUGGCCACACUUGAAGAAAGCGAGCAAUUCCGUGCGCCUUCACGGCAAACUCUUAAGGCGGCGGUGCGUGAUCGCGUUGGCCGGUGUCAAGUAUGCAUUAAGAACACGUAGUUUUUGACACCUCUUCCCACCGAACCAUACAGUUACACAAACACUCCUUACGUACACAAACACAAAGAAACACUAAGAAACAACCCUUAUACAGCAUCCGCCAUUUUGUUUUACCACUAAUGAUACCAGUCUCACCCGCACCCGCAAUCAGUCACAACGAUAAUUUAAUUAUUAAUUUGUACAUAUAAAUGCGAGUAGAGUCAUUCUUUGGAAGGCAAAACACCCUGUUGUGUUCAAUGUAAAACGAAUGUGUUCCUCAAAACGCGGGCGGACAUGUAAUGGCCGCUCGAGCCACAUAUUGUCGCCUUUAUCUAUGCGCGUCGGUGCGCCUAGCUUGACUUUUGUUUUUUAUUAUUAUUAUUUCUGUCCUAAUGAUAGUUUAUUAAAAUGAUUAAUUAAUUAAUGCUUAAAACAUAACUUACUACUACUCACACUAUUAUGAUAAUAUAAAUGUGCCAUUUUUAAUUGAGUUGUUUCACAGCCGACACGAAACGAAAAUGUAAAAUUUUUUGUACUAUAUUAGCUAAUAAGGAAAACAAAUAGAUUUAAACAAUGUGUAUUUCUAUUGAGUAAAAAACGAAACUAGAAAAUUGUUUUAAAACUAUUCUAAUGUAAUAAAAUAAUAUAUUUGAAAAUA